AUGUCCGAUACAGAGAAAGAGAGGGGCUUGGAGGAAGAGAAGUAUAAGUGGAGGAGAGGACAGCCUAGUAAAGAGCUACUGAGAGAAGCUGCAGAGCCUGGUCUUGUCCUGUCUGAACUCUCAGUCAAGCUGGCGGGUGGAGAGUCCCAGGAUGGGGGACAUCAGAAGUCCCAGGAUAGGGGUGAAAUUCAGGAGGUCCAGGUAACCAGUGCUGCAACCAAGAAUUCUUCAGAAUUCCAUUAUGAAGAAAAAAUGGUACGAAGUGAGGUGGAAAAAGACAUUCCAAUGUGUGUGUCCCUGCCUAUUGAGAUUAUAAGUGCAGACCGGGUUUUUCCUUUCCUGAACACCACACUUGCAGAUCUGGGCAUUGAUGACUCAUCCAUAAAGGAACAUGUGGUUUGGGUGGACAGCAAGCGCACACAAGUAAGGAGCAAAUCAGGCAAACUAAAAGAGAAGGAGGUGACCGUUUUGGAGGUACGAGUGAAAGCACAGCAUCCGGGUAAUGCCAGGCCUCAGGAGGUUCUCUAUAGCACAGAGUCACACACUGACCGCUCAUACUGUCGUAGUGGCAUCGCCAUUCUACCAUGGACUCAGUCAGCAGACCAAAAGCUUCAGCCACUACAAAUGAUGCCGACUUUGGACACACAAUCCAACUUUACAAGGGAGAAGACAGAGUAA